AUGACGACGGAUCAGGCGUUGAGCAAGCACGAUACCAACUGCAUCGGUGUCACUGGCGCUCUGCUCGUUUUGCCCUCCUCCCUCUUGGCCAGCUUCAUUCCGCUGCUCAUCCGGCCAUCGGUCUACACCAUCGCUCUUGUUGACGCCGCCCGAAGGGUGACUCAUUAUUCACUUAACAAGCCCACCAAGGAGGGCUUGUAUGCGGCAAUGUCACCCGAGGUCCAGUUUGUCGCAAAGCCGCUGCUCGACACGUUCGUCUACCGUGGCGGCUACCUGCUUUGUUCGGGCGUCUUUGCGGUGGAGCUGCAGUGGCAAGUCGCCCCAGGCGUGCGUCGAGCACUGCUGGUGGCCGUGUCUCUCGCCCUUUGCGGUAACAGCUACGUCCUUGGCCAGUUGGCGGAGCGUGAGGGCGCGGACCGCUCGCAGGGGCGGCUAUUGUGA